UGAUUUCAGUGUUGUUGUUGUUGUUGGAGAAAACAAAUAAGAGAGUCAAGAGAGGAAGACAGCAGCAGCUUCAGCCUCUUCUUCUUCUUCACCAUCAGAGAUACUGACCGCUUCGUUUGAAAAAAAAAUUAUUGAAGCCAAACCCUAAAUCCCUUUCACCCGACCCUAGUGGUGUUGUCGCUCGCCCUAAAUGAACCAUGUAGCCAGUGGUCUGCAGAUGGUUCCUUCUUUUCACAUGACAGCCUCUACAACUCUUGUAUGUCUACCUGUCUGUGUUUCUGUCUACCUGUUUCAACAUCAACAAUCUAUUUCAAUUCUUCCACGACUACAACAACAACAAGUACAGGAACUGGUAGCCAGAGUGACAGUAGCAUCACCGCCACCGCUGCCGGAGACAGCGACAGUCCAUUGGUCAGUGCCACAGAGAACAGCAGUAAACACAAGAGCAACAAGUCAUUGAAACAGCAGCAGCAGCAACAGCAGCAGCAGUUGUCCAAAAAGAAGCCGCCUAAGCGGCAUCCACCCCCAUCUCACCCCCCACCGCCACCCCCUGAUCUGAGCAUAGGUGGUGGAGCCAAGUGGAGCCAGCACAGCUUGACGUGUGUGGCUGCUGGGACCAGCAACCCCCACCGGGACAGUAACAAAGCCGGCAAUAAUCAAGGGCCCCUCACCUCCAAGAAGAACAAAACUAACUCCUCCCCCCCCUCCGUCUCCACUUCCACCGAUAGCAUUGCCAGUAGCAGUGUCCCCACCACGACCACCACCAUCGCCACCAGCAGUGAGAGUGUGACAAGCCCCAGCUGGUCAAGCGGUUGCUGGAAACCCCUGUCCAUUAUGGCCCGGAAACGGGAUGACAAAAGCCCUGCAAGGAACUGCGGUGGGGACCGGCAAGAGCGCAAGAUGGAAUCUUACUUGGCUGAUGAUGAAAACUACCCCAGUUUCUCCAACCAGGUCGUUAAACUGGGUCUACAAUUAAGGGACAUUCCAGCUGAUGGAAACUGUUUGUUCCGUGCUCUUGGUGACCAACUCGAAGGACACGGCCGCAACCACUAUUGUCAUCGGUUAAAAGUUGUUGAAUACAUGUUAAAAAACAAGAAAGACUUUGCACCAUUUGUCGAAGACAACAUACAGUUUGAACAUUAUUUGUACAAUCUGAAAAAACCUGGGACCUAUGCGGGUAACGAUGCUAUUGCAGCUUUUGGCCGCCUUCAUCAAGUACAUAUAGUCAUUCAUCAGUUAAAUUCUCCUUUUUUGCUAAUACAAGGUUCUAAAGACGUCACCUCAGCACAGCUUCACAUUGCUUACCAUAAUGGCGACCACUAUUCAAGUUUGCGCUGGCUCCAUGACAAUACUGAAUCACCUGCCAAUAUCAGGCUAAAGAUAUUCAGUGAUGACAAAAGUAAAUUGAAAAAUAAGAUCAACCCCAAAACUAUUUAUCGAGAUGAGAAGUCUGGCGUAGUGCGUGCCGUACGAGACCUAAAAUCUAUUCAACAGGAAAUCAUUGGAGCCACUGGCUGCCAGGAUCGAGAAGUCAUCCGGAAAUAUCUGGAAGGAAAUGAUUACAACGUGGAUGCCACCGUUGCGGAUCUCCUGCAAUUGUUGAAUAUUUCCCGGAAAGAAGAGAAAUCAGUGCAUGGGAAAAAGACUGCUUUAGGAAAAUCAGAUUCAUGUCUGUGGUCAGAGACAGGAUCCGGAUCGCGACUGUUUGGUACUCUUGCACAGAAUUCCUCUUCUGCAACUUCUUCCACCUCUUCUCCUCCUUCGUUGUCGUCUUCAUCGACAUCACUGAGGAAAUCUAAGGACUCUCGCGUUCACUUUACCGACGACUGCACCAGUGAAAGUUCGGGCUACGGUUCACUGAGCGGUGACAGCAGCAGCAGCAGUGGUGCUCGACCCAAGCACAUGAUACCCAGGGUGCGUGUACUGUAGCAGAAAUUAGAUUUGGUAGACUUUUUCUCAAUUCAAUCUUCUCUUCCUUCUUCUUUCUUCGAACUCUACAUUUGAACUCUAACCCUCCACUUCCCCCCCUCCUUUUCCCUUCUCCCUGCCAAUGGCUUUUAUGCCACUUCCAACCUCUGCCUCCAGCUUCUCUUUUUCUUCUCUUCCUCUCUGAUUGCAUCCUACAGACAUAUAUUAAGGGUAAGAGCUAAAAGCUGCAUAUGUAAAUUUUUCAGUAAAUUUGUUAUUUAUA